GGCUGUGGAGCUCAUGUGUGUGGGGAAAUGUGGGCGCUACGAGUGGCGCAGACACAGCUCCGGCCUCGGCCCAGACUUCUCCGGGGGCCUCCGCGGGAUGCGGCCUCUUCGUUCUCCUUCUCGUCUUCGUCUUCCCGCCCCGCGGCAGGCGGCGCCUUCGGGGUCCAGGCACUGGUCUUUGCGCAGCACGGGGAGCCUGUCAAGGUCGUGGAACUGAAGACCCUGGAGGGGCGGCCUCUGGGCGCAUCUGAUGUCCGGAUGAAGAUGCUGGCAGCUCCUGUCAACCCGGCUGACAUCAACGUGAUCCAAGGGACCUAUGCCCUCCUGCCUAAACUACCUGCAGUUGGAGGGAACGAAGGGGUUGGACAGGUGUUAGAAGUGGGCAGCGAAGUGACAAGAGUAAAGCCUGGAGACUUGGUGAUCCCAGCUGAUGUCGGCCUUGGCACCUGGCAGACUGAGGCCGUGAUGAGCGAAAAGUCCCUGAUCAGCAUCCCAAGGGAUAUCCCCCUGCUCUGUGCAGCCACCCUGGGGGUGAACCCCUGCACUGCCUACAGAAUGCUAUCAGACUUUGAGCAGCUGAGGCCAGGGGACUCCAUCAUCCAGAAUGCAGCCAACAGUGGAGUGGGACAAGCUGUCAUUCAGAUUGCUGCAGCCUUGGGCCUGAGAACCAUCAAUGUAGUCCGAGACAGACCAGAUCUCCAGAAGCUGACAGACAGACUGAAGGGCCUGGGGGCUGAACACAUCUUCACAGAGGAAGCAAUGAGAAGGCCAGAGAUGAAAGACUUCUUCAAGAACUUUCCAAGGCCUCGACUUGCAUUCAAUUGUGUUGGUGGGAAGAGCGCCACAGAGCUAAUGCGACACCUGGGGCACGGUGGCACCAUGGUGACCUACGGAGGGAUGGCCAAGCAGCCGGUCACGGCCUCAGUGAGCUCAUUCAUUUUUAAGGACCUCAAGCUCCGGGGUUUCUGGCUGUCUCAGUGGAAGAAGGACCGAGGGCCAGACCAGUUCAAGGAGAUGAUCCUCACUCUGUGUGAUUUCAUCCGCCGAGGGCAGCUCACAGAGCCCAGCUGCUCAGAGGUCCCACUGCAGGAUUACCAAGUGGCUCUGGAGGCUUCCAUGAAGCCCUUCAUUUCUUCAAAGCAGAUUCUCACGAUGUGACAGCCCAGGGAAUGUGUGACUGUGUACCACAAGCAGAUGGUGGAGGGGAUCAGCAGGCAUCUCCUCUCCUGUAUCAGCCCUUGGCCAUAGCCUCCCUCUGGAGCGUCACUGUUCCCCGAGGCUGGCCAGAGCCCUAGAUCAGAAGAGGAGAGGCCUUUAAGCCACUGGCCUUGGGCGGGGGUCCCAGGCUUCACUAAUAAAAAGUCAUUGCCACUUCUUAAA